GCUACUCCUGUAGGAAUAAUAAUGGAGUUCAAGCACGCCAGCUGGAUCGUGCUUAGCGUCGCUGUGUCCAUCAAUCUGAUCGGAUUGUUCUGGUUCAUAGCGAUGGUUAUCGGUUUGGUGAUGUUUUUACUCGGAUUUGUGACCGUCCUGUACUUACAACAUAACGAUGUGGACAAAUUUCUGAACAGUGGGGUGGUCGAGAAUCCUCUAGAAGAGCCCAAAUCGCUCGGCUUAAGCAUUGUUUGUGAUCCUAAGCCCGGUAAUUUGCUGCUCAUUUCGCCCAACAUCAAAGUUCAAACCGAAUCAAACCGAAACGCGAAAGCCCAGCACCAUUCCGGCGCGGGCGACUCGUCCGGGACCGGUGGCCACGGUAGCCGUAGGCGUAACCUACUCGAUGCCGGAAUCGAGCUGCUGUUCAAGAAGCGCCACGAACCGCGGAAUGCCACCGGUGAGCCGCAGGCGAAGCCAAACGCAAUCACGGACCAACUAAUGCACCGUGGCCAUUUGCACUUCCACCAACGGGACCAUCAUACCAUUCUAGAUAACAGCCCGGAAGCCACGAUGCCUGCGCCGAAUCGGCAUCCAUCGCCCGGUGAGGAACGCAGCCGCUGGAGACCCUUUGAGAGCAUUAAGAUACACACGGACAAGCGCGCCGGGAGUGUGCUGCACGAUCCCGAGAAGCAUCGCAAGAAAGAUGUGGGGAACGUGUCGAUCGGUGAGGAAGUAUCCGUCAAUUCGAUCCCACCCGCUGCGACGACGUUUAAAUCGUACCUCUCAAAUUCGGAAGUAUUGCUGCAUCGCCACGACACGCCACCCGGUUCACCGAAGAAGAAGAAAAUCCUGAGCGGUAACAAACCGAUCGACAAGCUCAUUCACACCAUCAUCGACUACGUGGUGCGAGACUUCAUCGAUUCGUGGUACACACUCGUGUCGGACGACCGGGAAUUUUCGGACUACAACAUCCGCAACAGCAUUGAAUCGCUCGUCCUGCAGAUCUGUCAGCGUGUUCGCUCCGUCGACCUGCUGCCCCUGAUGACGACCAGGCUAAUCGACGACCUGGCAAAGCAUACGCGCUUCUACCGGCUCGCCACGCAGGAGGUGGCCAACAGUGCGUCGAACAGCAAGAAACCGACCAGUACGGAACAAAAGCGCCUUAAGAUCCAUGAAAAGCUGUCCCCGCAGCGACGGAACCUCAAGGUGGAAGGACACCGACGGAACAAGAGUGAAACCGAUCUCACCUGGCAGCUGGGAAACGCCGCGCUGCAGAAAAACGUGGCCAAUUCGCGCUUCUACAACGUGCCGGUGGAUGAGCAGUCUGCCGUCGACCCGGAAUCGAUGCUGCUGAGUUCGUUUUUCGGGUUCUGCGAUGAGUUCCAGAACGAAUGCACCGAUGCGGAGGCUUUGGAUGAUUACUUCUUGCAAGUCUCGGAAACGGUGCUGUACUUCGUGCUUCCGGAGGAGGACUUUAAGUGUAUCGCGCUGCGCACGCUGCUGUGCAACCUGUUCGCCAACAACCUGCUGAAGCCGAUGUUUAACACGCUGGCCGAUCCGGACUUUAUCAAUCUGCAGAUCGCGAAGCAGUUCACCAAAGAUCCACCUGCGGGAGAGUUCCUGCUGAAGAUGAUCCGUCAGUCGACGGAUCUGUCGGAAUUGCGCGCCUGUCGGCAGCUCAUCACCAAAGAGAUGGACGCGAAGUACAAGGACAGCAACUGCAGUGCCGAACUGGCCAGCCUAAAGUAUACGCAGAAGCUGAUCGAUUUGCGGAUCAGUCAUUUGCAGAACAACAAGAAUGACUUUGGCAAAACGGAACGUGAAAAAGUGUCCACGAAUCUUCCGCAACUCAGCCUCGAUGAUAUUCUGCGUAAAGAGCUGGCCGUGUUCUACUACCUGGACUACCUUAGUGUGCUAAACCUACAAAAGUAUGUGAUAUUUUAUCUCACCGCUCAGGAAUGGAAAAUUUCCACCAGCCAAAGUUACUCAGAGAUGCUGGUGAACAAAUCAAAGCUUAGCCGAGAAGAAACACUCCAGAGCAUUCGUGAGAAGGCGAGCCAUCUGUAUCAUGAGUAUUUGCAACCGAGCUCGCCAAACUACCUGAACAUCGAUUCGGGACUGAUCGAGGCGCUCAACUUCCGGCUGAACGAUCCGUCCAUCCAGCCGGAGAACACCUGGUUCGAUUCGAUCUGCAAGUACAUCUACGAAAAGCAGAAAAACGAAGAGGUGUUCCUGAACAAUUUCUACCAAAGCGUGGCCUACAAGCAGCUGCUGCGCGAGCUCGACUUUCACAGUGCGCACGAUCAGGACAUGCCGUCGCUCGAUCACCUCACCGUGUCCGGCGGGUUGCUGCAGAGUGACAGUGCCAGUGACACGUACAGCGGGGACAUUCGGUUCGAAGAAACCGACGACGACGAGGACGCUGCAGGUUUGGCAACGUCGGCUCCGGCCUCUUCAACUACAGCACCGUCUCAGGCAUCGAUCGCGGUGUUGGACAUCAAGGAAGAGCACGACGUGCGAACUAGUAGUGGCGCUGUCGCGAAGAAACCCUCACCAUCGAGCCUGUUUCCGGUGACCAUCAAGCACGCGCGAUCACACAGCGACUGCACGGGCAUGUUUGCGGCGAUCAACGAUCUCAACAUCGAGCAGCUACGCCAAUCGUCCGACUGUUCCAGCAACGACUCAGGCAACGAAGCUCCCACCGCUCGACGAAACGUCCCUGCUGUACCGCAGGCGGCAGACGUCGUUCAUCGCUUCCAGGAAGAUUCCAGCCAAUUGCAUCAAAAUCACCACAAUCACCAUCAGCACCACCAUCAUCAUCAGCAUCAUCAGUAUCGACAUAAACUGUCCGCUCGCAUCAUCAACACGGCCAUUCACUGCGAGGGCCACUACGCGGUGUACGCGAUCCAGGUGCACGUGAUCGAGGACAACCACCACAAAAGCUGGCACAUUUACCGGCGGUACUCGAAGUUUCUCGAGCUGAAAAAGCUGCUCGUAAAGCGGUUUCCCGCCCUCGAUCGUGUGCCAUUUCCGGCGAAGAAAGCCUUCCAAAACACGCAGCGGGCGGUGCUGGAGCAUCGGAUGGAGAUACUGAACCGCUUCCUGGCGGAGAUCUGCGCCAAGGCGGAACUGUCCGACGAGAUGAUGGCGAUCAUUCGGAACUUUCUCGAACCGGACACGGACGAUCGGAAGAUGCACGGAGGGCCUGUUGUGAAGACGAUCGAGAGUUUAAAGUCGGGCAUGAGCAAGAUACGCAACAUGCCCGAUACGCUCGUCGGCGGGAUAUCGAGGAUGUUCGUGGGCAAGAGUUCUCUCAAGGAGCGCAGCUUCUACGACAUCCAGGACAUUCCGACGCUCGAGCUGAAGCAAUCCGAGUACCCGGCUCUGGCAUCGGCGUUGAAUCUGCUGGAUGAGGUGUUCGAUCUGCAGAAUAAAUCCCAGUGGCUGCGGCGUGGGUUGAUCAACCGGCUGCUGGGCGCACCAUGGGUAAGCCACGCGACCAACAAACGCAUCAUGCAAACCGCCAGCAGCCUCCUGUCCACGGACAAAGUCGAGCUGAUCCUCUCGUCGAUACUAAACAACUUGUGGCCGGAUGGGGAACGGUUCAACCCGACGACGCCAUUGCGCGAGGACAGCACGCGCCUGCGAACGAAGCUCGCCGCCAAGAUAUCGCUUUUCGCGCUGCUCUCAGAUGACCUAAAGCACGUGGUCGGUUCGGUGACGUGCAACAGCGGGCUGCUGAACUUUUUCCAGAUGCUCCAGAACAAGAAACUGAACACGCGCCUGCUGCUGAUCCUGUUCAACCGGCUGCUGAUGGUGAUCCUGCAGACGGAAAACAUUACGAAACACACGCAACUCGACAGUAUGGCCACUUCCGCGAACAGUGGCACCGAUGAAGGGAUACGCAUCGGCGUCCCGACAUCGGCGGCUUCCGGGGGCAGUAGUGCCGGUGGGUCCCGGAAAGCUUCCAGAUUUCUCUAGACGGGUUGGGGAAACCAUUCCGACGGCAGUAUAACGAAAGCGAUUUUUAACGAAACUGUAUUCAAUGAGAUGCUACAUUAGUUUAAGUGCGCCAUUCCAGUAACGUUCGGUUUUUUUAUGUUUUGGGUUUUUUUUAGACAAAGAAGCUUUGUUUUUACGCUUUAGGUUUACAUCCUGCAGAUACUUGCAUUCAUUUGACCAUGCAUUUUAGCCACUGCAUGUUGGCGUGGUUUUUGGCGUGCGUGGUUUAGAGCAAUGAUCAAGCGCUUUGUAUAUGUUGGGCUUGUUUUAUACAGCCCGGUAAUUUGUGCCGUUCCGAACAAUUGUUUUAACUAGGUUAAGGUUUUAAUUGUCACCGUUUAGCUAGCAUAACCAUGUAAACACAUAUCCCAGGUGCUUAAAUGUGAGUGUACAUUUAGCUUAUUUUUAAAUUGUUGGACAUUAAUAUACUCUUUUUGUUUUGUGUUACGAGCUGCACACCGCUUGCUGGCCAUGAUGCCGGGUGUUUCUGGAAGCGCUCAUGUCUACCGUAAUCGUGAUAUGGCAAACAUUGUACUGUACGUAUUGCUUUGGCUGUCGAAGAUUUGUUACGGGGCUGGGUUGUCCAUCGCGUUAUGGAAGAAAUAAAAGAAAAAAGCAAACCACAACCUCGGUGUGCGUGCAGAUGCAAUGAGACCCAAACUCGAACAUUCCAAAGUUUCCAAAGGACCACAUCGCGCCAGUGUCGCGCGGCAAACGAGAAUAAAGAAUCGAGCAACAAUGGUUUUUGUUAUUUUAAAUUAUUGUUUUUUACUCUGUUUUAUUUAAUCAUAAAAGAUUUUUGUUUCUGCGUCGCCUACCCGCUGCUGCUCUGCUGUCUUCCGGCG